GCAAGGCGGAAGUUCUGAAAGCAAGUGUCAAGAGGAGAUGGAACGCAUGUGUUCCGUUCAGCAAAAGAUUCCGUGUGUGUUUGUUACGCAGGUGAAAGAUGAACCGUCCUCCAAGAGGGAACACCAGACAUUCAGAGUUGUGGCCACAGAAACUCUGAGUCCUGUGGCUUUGCAUGCCGAUGUUCACUUUGCUCUGCCAACGGAAAAGGUGGAUGGAACGUGCUGCUAUAUUACUAAUCAUAAAGGAAGGCCUUACCUGUGGGCACGGUUAGACAGAAAGCCAACAAAACAAGCUGAAAAAAGGUUUAAGCGACAUAUUCAUUCGAAGGGAUGUUCAAAAGAUUUUGAUUGGAAUGUUGAUGAGGACUUCAAGGCCGUCCCGGAGUUUUGGAUACCAGCAAAAGAAGUCAGACAUUGCAAUGGGAAACCAUGCCCUGAUGAAAAUGGUCACAUUCCAGGUUGGGUACCAGUAGAAAACACCAAUAAACAAUACUGCUGGCAUUCAUGUGUUGUAAAUUAUGAAGCAGGAAUAGCGGUUGUGUUAAAACCACAUGCAGAGGAACCUGGAUGUCUGGAAAUUUGUCUAGAACAUUUAACUGAUCUUCUGGAGCAAACACUGGAACUCAUAGGAACUAAUAUUAAUGGGAAUCCAUAUUGCAUCGGCACCAAGAAGAAUCCAAUCCACUUUUUGGUUCCUCAUGGAGUGUUUCGAGUCCAAGACCUGCAGUCAGUGACUUAUAGCAGCCUUGUCUCCUGGUUUAGUAGUUUCCAUGGAAAAGUUGAAGGAAUUGUCUGGCACUGCAAUGAUGGAUCAUUAAUAAAGCUCCACCGCCAUCAUCUUGGAUUGAGCUGGCCCCUACCAGACCCAAAUCUGAAUACCAAACCAGUUGUCGUCGACAUUGAUUUGUGUAAAUACAAAUGUGAAUUUGCAUCAAACUCUUUAUUGAAUCAGCUUUCAAAGAAACACACUAAGCGGUUUGAGAGACUCAAAGACAUUACAUUGGAAUGAACAGAAAAAUGUUUAGGGUUAACAUUCCAUAAUCAAACCAUUCAAUGCACAUUUUUUUUUUUAAAUGACUCUCUCAGAUUUUCUGGUCGAACUAGUGCUCAACUUGUCGGUACGUUUUCAAACAAUGGAAAUACAGACAUGAAAAGGGUCUAUUUAUUAUAGAUAUAUUGCUUCUGUUGUAGUUUACAUGCAAUAAAAUGUACCAGACAGUGUGCUCAA